AUGGGUCAAUAUUCUUACUCUCAGCCAUCAUCUUCUUCAGCAGCAUCACCCGCCAGACCUACUCCAGCCUCAGGAAUUCCGGUUACUUGCUUUUGCGGCUCUGCUAUGAGGGCUAGGACUGUUCCAGAAGGACCCAACGUCGGGCGGCGUUACUUUGAAUGCGAGGACGCAGAUGGUCUUUUGCAUAAUGGUCUCCUCCACUUGAACAAGUGGUGGGACGAAGCCAUAUUGGAAGAGUUACGAAACAUUAAGGACAAGUCCGAAGAGCAAGAUGACCGGGUGAAGUACAUCACCUACAGCAAAACCAGUGAACGAUGCGACCCCAGAUGGAUGCUCUCUCGGGCCAACCACCACGAAAAACUACUCAAUCAAUUCAUGGAGGCGGUGGAAGAUUGCAAAGCAUCCGUCGCCGAACUAAGUGCACACGUUGACGAAUUGUCCUCCACCCCCUCCCCAACACCACCACGAACGGGCCUGAAAUUGUUUAAAUCGCAUCAGAUUAUUUACAAAUUUCUUGGCACGAUCUACGUCGCGCUGUUUGUAAACUUUUACUUCUCCAAGUUUGCCUGA